AUUUCAAGUCUGCUUUACUACGAGCAAUUCGGCAGGCUCUUAGAAUAUAUUUAAAAUUCAGCUAAAUUUCACCUCUACCAGCAGCGCCAGAGCCUGGCAUUGCACCCGAGACCCCGUUGUUUGUGGACGGGACGCUGUCUGUGUAUUUCGUGGGGUAAAAAUGAGUCCUACAGACGCCAAACGCGGAGCAAAGCGCAGGAAGAAUAAGCGGGGCGGCGGCGCAGGGAAGGCCGGAGCUCCGCCAACACCCUCUAGCAGCGUAGCUCACGGAGACCCUAGCACUAUCCCCAGCCUUAAUGGAGAGGUUCCAUUGAACGGCGCACCACAGUUUUCAGAAGGGCCUGUAAAUGCUGAUUUCUCAGGAGUCCUUCAGACCCCAUUCACUUUCGGUGUGAACCAGAGGGCCCCCUACACCACAGGUGACCGUUGUCUGCUAUGUCGCAGCGAACGCAAGGACACCCAGGACGUGGGAGGAUCACAGAAUGGACCGACCCAAUCGCCCAAAUCUUCCAGUGCCCUUCAGCUGCCUCUGUAUGUCUGCUCCGACUGCAAGCGAACCGUGGAGAAGGACGACCGCCAGCCACCCCUCGACCAGUCUCUGUUGGUACGUCCCUUAAGCCUCCAACACCGGCAUGUUUCUCCUCUGCCUCCGAAUCAGGACUUCUUAUUGCACAUGCCGAUGGCUAACGGAGGUUUGUAUCAGGAGCCCAUGGGGUCUGGUGGGAGACUUGCUGUCGGAGCUCCUACACUACCUGCACCAGAUCUCAGUUCUCCCCUCAACACAGAAACAGUGUGCAGCUGUGAGGCCUGUUAUGAGCGGAGGGAGAUCACGGCUGAGUCCGAGCGGGAGUCACAACAGCUGCAGAAUCACUGGUCUGAGGUGAGAUACCUGGUCAGGUGCAUUUACCGUCAAACUGGAACUCCACUGGCUGAUGAUCAGGAUCAGCCUCUGGACCGGGACAACGAGAGCAUGAAGGAGCUUGUUGACAGGCUUUGCGAGAAGGAUCCGUACCAGCUGUACCAGCGUCUGGAGCAGCAGGCGAGAGAGUACGUGUUAGAGAUGAAGGUGCGGUUACUGAAGCAUCUGUCCGCAGGCUCCAAGGCGACUGUGGCAGUGGCUCAGGGUCCUCCACAGGCCUACCAGUUCAUCUCGCUGCUGCUCGAGGAGUACAACGCUCUCUGCCAGGCUGCCCGCACCAUCAGCAGCUUCCUGCUCACCCUGGAGAACGAGCAUCUGCAGAAGUUCCAAGUUACAUGGGAGCUCCACAAUAAGCACCUUUUUGAGAACCUGGUGUUCUCUGAACCCAUCCUGCACAACAGUCUACCUGCCUUAGUGGCCCAGCUCAGGCAGGGCACGACAUCCCAUGAUUCAUACAGUGAAGAUAUGUACCGUACUCUACUGGAGAGAUACCACCAGCUGGACCAGGAGAUGAGUGCAGUGGCUCUAGAAUGGCUGGAGUGUGAAAAGAGGAUUGACGACUAUGUGGAUGAGCAGUUGCUUUUCAAGGUCGAAGGUCAGAAUCUCACAAAUCAAAGGGCAGAACCGCACAAGUCUUUAAUUAAUAGAAAUAUGUCUUUAAGAACAAAGCAGCGGAUGCUCAAAGAAGAUGCAGAGAUCUUCAAACAGAAACGAUUUUUUGAAGAGCAGUUCUUAUCAAAUAGUAAGAAGUCUCUGGGUGGCGACAAUAAGUUCACAGACACGGUGAAACAGAUGUUGUCCUCCAGGCUGAGCAUUCCAGACUGUCCCAACUGCAACUAUCGACGGAGAUGCACCUGUGACGACUGCAGCCUAUCUCACAUCCUCACCUGUGGCAUCAUGGAUGCUCCAAUGGCAGAGGACCUGCAUUUAAAGUUGCCUCUACAGGCAGAGCCUCCCUGCGACUACCUGUCAGUUCACCCACCCAGCAUGUCAUCGGGCAGCUCGGGGUCCGGUUCAGCCCCAGGCUCGCCCAUUACCAUUCAGCAGCAUCCACGCCUCAUACUGCCACGGGAUGGCACUACCACAUUUGAUGAUGAAGUUCCUCCGUUGUCUGCCAUCUAUUCUCUAAGUGGGUAUGAGGACCCUGCGGUGAUGGUCAGCAUUAAUGGCAUUCACAGCCAACUUGGUGGGGGGGAGGAGAGCAUGACCCUCAAAGACAACUCGCCACGAGGUAGCAGCAGCAGUAGCAGUUCCUCUGAAGGUGAUGAGGAGGAGGGGGAAAGUGGUGGGGAACCCCUAGGCCAGAAGGGGGCACUUUCGGGUGGAAAGAAUGACUGUCCUCCACCAUCAUAUCCUCACACACAGAUGGAGCAGGUACAUCAUCCAUGCGAGUGUCACAUGUGUAAUCAGGGCUCUGGAGACAGUAGCCCAUCCGGCCUAGGUUCCAACUGUCUGCCUACCAGCAGGCUGCAUGCGGGGGGUCACCAGUUCUUCUCCGACAAGACGGCAACCCACCCCGCCCUCCACCUGUACCCCCACAUCCACGGUCAUCUCCCCUUACACAACCUCUCCCACCUGCCCAGACCACUGCUACCCACCCUUUACUCCCCCCCUCCGCUUACACACAGCAAGACGCUCCAUUCCACCCCCACAUCCAAUCACACAGGCGGAAAGCAGCUAGGGUUCAAUCCCACCUUACCAGAGCACGUCUACCAGAGCUGCUUCAGUACAACGGGGGACUGGAACGGCUCUUUACCGUGUCCCUCGCUCAAGCUAGAGAACCUCUGGGACACGCACAUGAUGAAGAACUGGAACCCAUCUGUGCUGCUGCAAGAGCCUUUACCUGGUGACAUGCUGGGCCCUCCCCUUCCCGACGUUCCUCUUCUCUCCCCUUGUCUGGACCCCACUGUCAACCCUCACCAUCCCCCAGAUGGCAAAGAGAAGAAGAAUAGCGCUAAGAAGAAGUGUCUCUUCAACUACCAAGAUGCCUUCAUGGAGGCCAGUGAAGGAGUGAUGGCCACUUCCUCUGCUGUCUCCUCUGUGUCCAGUACCACCACCACUGUCCAGUCAAAUGAUGUUUUCCAUAAUUUAGGUAAAGAGGACCAUAGACAUCCCUCUCCUGUUGCUCCUAGAAAUAGCCCUACCAGUCUGGCACCUUUCCCCCCUCUCAACGGAACCUCACAUCCCUCGUCCCCCUGCACACACCUGCCCAGUAUAGGCACCCAAUCCUUCCCAAAGUCUGUAACUCAGGCUCCAGCUUUCAUGGAUGUCCAUCCAGGUCUCUGCCUGUCAGCUAGUGACCAGCCAACAUCUCCGCGGGAGGGUUUGGUCAGUGGUCCAAAUAGUGUGUGCAGUGAUCCUGAUUGUGAGGGUCAUCGCUGCGAAGGUAACAGAGGCUACGAGCAGCCUUAUGAAGGAGAGGAGAGCCCAGAUGAGGACAGCAGCUCGGAACAUAGCUCGUCCACCUCAACCUCCACCAAUCAGAAAGAGGGAAAGUACUGUGAUUGCUGCUACUGUGAAUUCUUUGGUCAUGGAGGGCCCCCCGCUGCACCCACCAGUAGGAACUAUGCAGAGAUGCGGGAGAAGUUGCGACUCCGGCUGACUAAGCGAAAAGAGGAACAGCCUAAGAAAGAAGAACUGCUGCUGGAGUCGGACGGUGUAGAGGACCAUCGCAAGGUGGAGGACCUGCUCCAGUUCAUCAACAGCGCAGAUAACAAACAACCCAGCAGCUCCAAAGCAGCAAAACGUGCCCGCCACAAACAAAAGAAGCUGGAGGAGAAAGCUCGUCUAGAGGCCGACGCUCGGGAAUUGGAGGUACAGCAGCAGCUUUUGAAGGAGCAGAGGCGGCGGCAGGAGGAGGAGGAGGCAGCGCUAAAGCAAGAGCUCCUCCGUUUACAGGAAAUGCGGCAGUUGCGUGCAUCCAAGAAGAAGAAAAAGGACAAUAAAACCAAGGAGGCAACCAAGCCUGAGAAUCCUUCUCUCGUUCCAACAACCAACAACCCUCAACCUCUUCGGCAGACAGCACAGAGCGUUCUGGAAAAGAACAUGCGAAAUGGCAAAACUCAGCUACUUCACAGUCUCAUCCGUCUUAGUCCUCAUAUAGAACCCGAAUCCCCCAUCAGUGCUAAGAACGGCCCCUCCCAGCAUCCAAGCCCAAAGAUCUGUAAAGAGAGGCCUUCGGAGUCUCCAAUACUUCAGAAUGGCACCUCGCCCCAUCUAGAGUCCACCCUUAUCAAGUCCAAAUCCAAACAACAGACAAACGGCCCAAAAGCCAACGGUGAGGCCACCAAGAGGCCAGCAGAGACCUGCAAGACUCCAGAGCCUCCGAAAUCCAGCUCUGACACCAAAGCAAAGCAAAGAGCUUCGGAGGAGUCAGUAACCGAGCUCAAGCGGGAAGAGAGGAGUCAUGGGAAAAAGCGGCAGAAUGGAGGGAAGGAUGAGAGGUGCUCUCCUGUUAUUGAGUCUCUUGCUUUAGAACCUCCUCUGCAGAAUGGCAAAGUCCAAAACAACGAGUCUCCUCAGCCUAAAGGCAAAGCCAAGAAGAAUAAAAAGAAAAAAGCAGACAAGAUGAAUAACUCGAUAGAUGAUGUGUUUCUGCCCAAAGACAUUGAUUUGGACAGCGUGGACAUGGACGAGACUGAACGUGAAGUUGAAUAUUUCAAAAGGUUCUGCUUAGACUCUGCACGACAAACGAGACAGAGGUUGUCCAUCAACUGGUCCAAUUUUAGCUUGAAGAAGGCCACAUUUGCUGCCCACUAAUGGGACUUCCUAUUAACAGACUACGGUGGGAAUCGACAAGCGUUCCUCUGGUUUCUUUCUUUCACGUUUCUACAUGCUGACCCCAGUGCUGCUACGCUUCAACCGCUCCUCCGGUCUACAUUAUCCAUGCCGCCUUGCCUUUUCCGUGUCGUUGUGGGUUUCACAAAGAACCCAAAUGGGCUUAUUCCUGCAGUACUUCUGGAGACAAAACAAAAGAGCAAGUCAAAAAACAACCACAAAAUGAAUCGCUAAUCUGAGUUUUCCCUUUGUUUUUCUUUUUAAAGCGUGUGUGCUUUUUGUCAGUGAGUGGGCCGUUUGUUUUAGGUCUGUAUCAUGUUCUGGGCUUUCUGAGGCCUUCACAGUUGUCAAGAUGCUGUAUGUACAUGAGAAUGAAAGCGGUGCAAAGACAUGCUUAAAGAAAAAAAAUUGAUGAAUUGACAAAAAAAAUCUUUUUAUUCAAAUCAACUGUGGCUUUGCUCACCUGGCACUGCACUUCGUCACAGCUUCGUCAAGACAAUUACGACUGGACAUCAUUCACUCCCAUCAUCGGGAGGAUGGCUAAUACUUGACAACAUUCACAUAUGUUUCUCAGUUCAUCUGUGUUCUUUUUCCUGUUUUUUUUCCAACUUGUAUCGAGCUUCUAUCAGAAUACGUUCAGAAUGAAAUUGAAAAGAACAAUACUCACGCUAUCAAUCUGUUAUAGAGUGUAUAUUGUAUUAACACUGAAGCCAGACUGGCUACUUUUUAACAUAUUGUUAAGUAAUAUUAAAAUCUUGUCUUUCUUUUUGAAAGAUGGAAUACAGUAGAAUGGCAGGAAAUUUGAGUCUGUUGCCUUU